AUGCCUUGGAAUAUGUGCUAUACCUUUCUAUGGUUUAACGAAAUUCAUGGUGAUCUCAGGAGAUUUAUUGAAAAGUCUGAACUAACAUGGCCAAAGAGAGUAGAGAUUCUUUCUAAAAUCGCGAAAUCCUUAAAUGCACUUCACGAAUUAGAUAUAGUUCAUCGUGAUUUUCAUUGCGGAAAUAUCCUCGUUGACGAAGAUACAAAAAUAUUUAUUACCAACUUUGGACUUGCAAGCUCUGCAAAUUCAUCAAAAAUGGACGAAUAUGAAGAGAUGUAUGAAAAAAUGAUUAGGCAUUUACAACCUCCUUGUGCUAUGCCAAGAUCAAUACCACGAGAAGAAUUUUGGAAUCCUCCUUCGGAUUCCGAAUCAAACGAUUCAAAAUAUGGUGAUUCAAAAAAUAGCCUCAAGAAAGAGGAGGAGCCACAUGAUACUUACGCGAAGUCUCUGGAAGAUGAUUAUUUCAAUUACCUUAUGUCAAAUAAAGUUGUUGAAAAAAAUGAAAAAUUUAAACAUUACAAAAAACCUGAUCGUAUUUGGUUAUCUGAUGUUUACAGAAUAUCCAAUUCAACAAAAGAUACUAGUGGUGUUUAUCUGGAAAUGCAAUACCCGCAAGCUGAAAUAAGUUUUGAAAAAGAACAAAUAGGGACAUUUUCGAAGUUAUACACCAUGGCAAUAGAGUCCCUGAAAAAUCAUAAUUCGCAUUACGAAUUAAUGAAAAUAUUUGAAACCUAUGGACAUUUUUUGCCCAAAAGGAUCAUUGUUGGAUAUAAACUAUAUAGGAUGACACCGUUAAUUACGAAAGAUUCACUAGAACUAUCUACUCCAGAGAUCGAUUUCAGCGUUAAAGAUUUUACAAAGUGUGACAAUAUUUUGAAUAAAUGGGAAUGUUGUAUAACACCACAUUUUGAUGCAACUUAUUUAGUAUCAGUUGAUGGAGAAACAAUCAUGAGGAAUGAACUUGAUAUGUGGAUGACUGGCUGUUUAAAAAAUACGAGAACUUUCGGAGUCAAAGAGAAAGUACCCAUCACAGGAAUAAUUCCAAUAGAAGAUUGUGCUUAUCAGUAUCGAGUAAAAUUUCCCGUUAAUUUUAAGUCUAAUAACUAUCAAAUUUUUGGAAAACUUGUGAAAUCUGAUGGAGAGCCAAUUUCUGAAGUAGUUAUCAAAUUCAAAUCUACCAAUAAAUAUGGAUUUUCAGCAAAUAUUAAAAAUUUUGAAAUAACUGAAUUCAUGCGCUUGCAAAUAAAUUGGAUAUUGAUUGGAAUACCUGCGGAAGUUGGAUUCUUCAGUACAAAUACACGAGACAUUAACAUAAUCGCUUUCGAUAGCAUUUUAAUUACACCAAUAACCAACGGCAACAAUUGGGAUCCGAAUUUCAUUGCAACUUUUAAAAGCUAUGAUGAUGAAAAAAGAGAGGUUAGAGUCAAUGUAUAUGAUCCUGGAUUUACUAAUAGAACUAACGAAGAGAAUUUUGGCAAUGAGAAUUUUGGAAAUGAGAAUUUUGGUUCUAAACAGAAAUCAAUUCAAUGGUGUAUUCUUAUUCCUCCAGAAAAUCAAGAGUUCAUUAAAGCAGAUAUUGGCUCCAGCUUUUCAAUUAACUUAAAACAUCAAUAA